GGGAUAAGGGGGUGAAGGGGGAGAGCGAGGGUGUGAGCGUGUGAGGGACGGAGUGUGACUGCCACAGCGAGCGUCUGUGGGAUCGAAUAUGAGUGUGUGUGUGUGUGUGAGGGGCUGAGUGAGCGCGGGUGAGGCAGCGAGUGUGUCCGUGUGAGGGACUUGGAGGGAAGAGCUGAGCGUGUGUGACGGAGUGACAAUGGGUCAGGGGCUGGCUGUGCGUGAGGGAGAGUGUGAGCCCGUGUGUGUGUGUGUGCGGGGGGGACGACACUCGGUGCGAGGGAGUGAAUGAGUGUGUGUGGGUUUGAGCCUGAGGGAGGGACAAGUGUGUGUCUGAGGGAGUGUGUGAGAGGGAGGAGGUGUGUGCGGGUGUGAGGGAGUGCGCGUAUCUGCGAGGGAGUGUGUGUGCGUGUGAGGGAGGGAGGGAGUUCGCCUAUCUGUGUGUGAGGGAGGAAGGGAGUGUGUGAAGGAGGGAGCGAAUGAGUGUGUGUGUGUGUGUGUGUGUCUGUGGGAGGGAGGGAGGCAGGCAGGGAGGGGGAGCGGCCGCCGCCGCCGCCGCCGGAUCGGUUUCUCGGGGUUUGACCAGCUGUCCCAGGCUAACCCUCUGCUCUCUGAAGAUGGAGGAAGUAAAAACAGGAUUACCCUUAGCUACGGCUCCUCCGCCGCCUUAGUCCCCCCACAGCCAACUGCCGUGCACAAACACACCUCCACUGGGCAGAGGGAGCCGACACUAAUAAACACACAAACAAAAGGGGGAUGGAACUGACUCACUGCCUGCGCGGCUGAGCACUGCACUUUGACUAUGGAAGCAGAGGCUGUUGAUGGAUAUAUUACAUGUGACAAUGACUAUUCGCCUGAAAGGGAGCACUGCGGCAUGGCCAUCGACCUCACCUCCAGCACUCCCAACGGGCAGCACACCUCCCCCUGUCACAUGGCAGGCACAAAUUCAGUAAAGCUAGAAAUGCAAAGUGAUGAGGAAUUUGACAGGAAGCCCCUGAUUCAUGAAGAUAUUAUCAGAGCUCAUGAUGGAGGAAGCAGCCUGGAAGAUCCCUUCAUUGGGAGUAACGAGAUGGUGGAUAACAGAAAGAUCCAGGAGCUAUCAAGCGAGGGAGGAAUCCGGCUUCCGAAUGGUAAACUGAAAUGUGACGUCUGUGGCAUGGUUUGCAUUGGGCCCAAUGUGCUAAUGGUACAUAAAAGGAGCCACACUGGUGAACGCCCCUUCCACUGUAACCAAUGUGGAGCUUCUUUUACCCAGAAGGGGAACCUGCUGAGGCACAUCAAGUUGCACUCUGGGGAGAAACCGUUCAAAUGUCCCUUCUGUAGCUACGCCUGCCGGCGGAGGGACGCCCUCACAGGACACCUCAGGACACACUCUGUGGGGAAGCCUCACAAGUGCAACUACUGCGGCCGGAGCUACAAGCAGCGCAGUUCUCUGGAGGAGCACAAGGAACGCUGCCACAACUAUCUGCAGAAUGUCAGUCUGGAGGCUGCUGGGCAGGUCAUGAGUCACCAUGUGCCUGCUCUGGAAGAUUGUAAGGAACAAGAGCCUGUGAUGGACAACAAUAUUUCUGUGGUGCCUUUUGAGAGACCUGCUGUUAUAGAGAAGCUGACAAGCAACAUGGGAAAACGUAAAAGCUCCACCCCACAGAAGUUUGUGGGUGAAAAGUUCAUGAGAUUUGGCUAUCCAGAUAUCCCCUUUGAUAUGAACCUAAGCUACGAGAAGGAGGCUGAGCUGAUGCAGUCUCACAUGAUGGACCAAGCCAUCACCAAUGCAAUCACCUACCUUGGAGCUGAGGCGCUUCACCCCCUGAUGCAGCACACACCGAGCACAAUCGCAGAGGUGGCCCCGGUCAUCAGCUCAGCUUACGCUCAGGUCUAUCAUCCCAGCAGGAUAGAGAGGCCCAUCAGCAGGGAAACGGCCGACAGCCACGAGAACAACAUGGAUGGCCCCAUCUCCCUCAUCAGACCAAAGAGUCGAAUCCAGGAUAGAGAGGGCUCCCCCAGCAAUAGCUGCCUGGAUUCUACUGACUCAGACAGCAGCCACGACGACCGCCAGUCCUACCCGGGAAACGCUGCCUUAACCCCCAAGAUAAAGCCAAACCCGGCUUACGUGAAGGAGGAGGCCAAGCCUUUGGAUGUCACAAAAGCUUCUAAGGGCUCUUUCAAGGAUAUGUACAAGGUGAUCAACGGAGAAGGGGAGCAGAUUAGGGCUUUCAAGUGCGAGCACUGCCGCGUCCUCUUCCUGGACCAUGUCAUGUACACCAUCCACAUGGGCUGCCACGGCUACCGGGACCCGCUGGAGUGCAACAUCUGUGGCUACCGCAGCCAGGACCGCUACGAGUUCUCGUCGCACAUAGUGCGGGGCGAGCACACAUUCCGCUAGGCCUUCUCAUCCAAAGGGGACUCCAUGAAGUACAAGGACUGCACAUGAAGAAAUACUGCACUUACAAUCCCACUUUUCCUCAGACAUUGAGACGCCUGUUUUGUUGUUGUUGCUGUUGUUGUUG